CGUCCACGCACACACCCAACACUCACCUCCUCUCCGUUCCCGCCCUUGACCCCCUCGCCUCGUUGUUGUGUUGCGUCCAGCACGGAACCUCUCCUUCUCUCAACCCCCCUCCCCAAGUUAAGCCUUUCCCAUCCCAACUUCACUAGCUUUUCUGCCCUCUCGUCUUCUUCCCACAGCCAGUUAACCCAACAUAUCAUACCAUCUUCUUUCUUUUUCUCCUUCGUUCUUUCAUUUCUUCCUCUUUCCUUCCACCACCCUUACCUGCUCUUUCACACCCAUUACAGAGAAAACACCAACUGCCCCGACUUUUUUUCGCUAAAAUUCUCCUGUUAUUCUGUUACUGUCGUUCGCUGCUGUCUCCUCCCGCUCUGAGGCUAAAAAGUUUCGUGCCGCCGGCCCCCUUCACGCUCCUUCUUUAGCUGCGGCUCUUAACCCCCUCGUCAACAUCUCACCCCCCCAAUCCCUUCACCUACUCGCCCUUCCUCCUCACAACGAUAACCCUCCACAAUUUCGCCCGUCCUGUCCGUUUUUUCACCCUCCCCUCUGGGGCACAAAUCCCUACAGCAGGCUUUUUUUCAAUUGUACCGGAUCAUUUCUACCUGGAACAGCGCACUUCCCCCCCACGGUAGCUUCAAUCUUCCUCCGCAAACGGUUCACCAAAGCUUCUACACAUCUCGUCUAAAGUCAGUACACUCAAAUUACGAUCAAUUUCUUGUAGUGGGCUUUCUUUCUAACAAGCGAGCGUACUCCGCUGCUGCUGUUGCAAUUAUGUCUUCAUCAGAAGAUGAUCGCCCUCUUGCUGCCGUGCGUGGCGCAAGGACAAACGGCACAUCGUCGACCGUAUCUGCUGAUACCAACGGAACUACCCCUGGCCCUAUUCCCACAAAUAAAAACUCAAAAUCUGUGAGCAGCAGGCUUGACAAAAUGGCAAAUAAAUCAACAAACGGUGUACGUCCUAUUAAUGCGGCUGGCAUUUCUCUAGUAAAUGGAUCGGUUGAAGACAGUGGAGACUUGAGGCGUGGUAAGAGAAAGGGCCAUCAAGCUCCGAUCAAGGAGAGCAGUAGUAGUGAAGAUAGCGAUGCUCCUCUGAACAAACGUCGCCGAACCAGCAAUGGUAUCAGAAAGGAGAAUGGGUUUAAACAAGAGGAUAUCUCAAGUGAUGAUGAUGACGUCCCUCUGGCUAAGAAAGCGGCAGCCAAACGUCGGAAUAUGCCUUUGACUACAUUAGUCAAACGAGAGAAGAAACCCCCGGCACCCCCGGGAGGGGGCUCCUCUGACUCGGAUAUUCCAUUGGCAACUGCUAAACUAGCUAAAGAGAAGCAAAGAAUAGAGCAGAAGGCUGCGAAACCUGCAAAGGAAAUGCGUGCUGAGGAAAACAAGGCCACAACGGCUGCUGGGGCGAAACGUAAAUCGGCGGGCAACGCCAACACAUCCGAACUAGCAAAGAAAGCAGGGAAGGCACCACCCAAGAAGACAAAUGGGGUCAAAAAGGAAGAAUCCUCGGACGACGAUGUUCCUCUUGCCAAGAAACGAAAGGGUGCUGCUCAAAAGCCUAUCGAAAGUACAAAAAAGGCUACUGGCAAGAAGACAAAAGACAUUGAUACGAAACCCACCGCUGCUAAAGGAAAGGGAAAGGCGAAGGAAGAAACGCCCGCCGAAGCUGAUGAAGAGGAAGAAGAGGAGUAUAAGUGGUGGGAGAAUCAGGCAGAGACCGAUGGUACCCAAAAAUGGACCACUUUGAUGCACAAUGGUGUGCUCUUUCCUCCGGCUUACGAAUCUCUCCCCAAGCACGUCAAGAUGAAAUAUGGCGGGGUCGAAGUGACAUUGCCGCUUGAGGCAGAGGAGGUUGCCGGAUUUUUUGGCGCUAUGCUCGACACGCAACAUGCUUCGAACCCGACCUUUGCUGAAAAUUUCUUCAAAGAUUUUCAAGCCAUAUUAAAACACGUCAACAUCCUGUCUUUUCAAAAAUGCGACUUCAAACCAAUGUACGACUACUUUGAAGAGAAGAAAGCAGAGAAAAAGGCUCUGGGUCUGGCUGGGCGUAAGGCGUUAAAGGCGGAGAAGGACAAGGCAGAAGAGAAAUAUCUCUACUGUUAUCUCGACGGCCGUAAAGAGAAAGUUGGCAACUUCCGUGUGGAGCCCCCCGGACUGUUUCGUGGCCGCGGAGAGCAUCCCAAAACCGGGAUGGUCAAGGCGCGGGUUCAACCUGAGCAGGUCACGAUCAAUAUCGGGAAGGAGGCAACUGUGCCGGCUCCACCACCCGGGCACAGCUGGGCAGAUGUCAUCCACGACAACACAGUUACUUGGCUUGCAACUUGGAAGGAGAAUAUCAAUGGCAAUAUCAAGUAUGUAAUGUUGGCGGCUACGAGUAGCCUAAAGGGGAUGAGUGAUUUCAAAAAGUUUGAGAAAGCCCGCGAAUUGAAGAAUCAUAUAGAUCGUAUCCGCGAGGAUUAUACACGGGACCUUAAAUCUGAGCUUAUGGCUGACCGCCAAAGAGCCACGGCGAUGUACCUCAUCGACAAGCUGGCACUCAGAGCAGGAAAUGAGAAGAGCGAUGAUGAAGCAGACACGGUCGGUUGUUGUUCGCUUCGUUAUGAGCACAUUACAUUGGAGCCUCCGAAUGUUGUUGUAUUCGAUUUCUUGGGUAAGGACUCGAUCAGGUUUUACCAGAAAACCCCUGUUAUUCAUCAGGUGUUUAAGAACUUGAAGAUUUUCAAGAAGGCACCUAAGACCAAGGGUGACAUGAUCUUUGAUCGUCUUGAUACGACCCAAUUAAAUAAGCAUCUUCAGAACUAUAUGCAAGGACUUUCAGCCAAAGUAUUCCGUACCUAUAACGCAUCUUGGACCAUGCAGGAACAAUUGGACGAGAUUCCAAAUGAGGGCGCUGUACAUGAGAAAUAUGCCGCAUAUAACCUCGCCAAUAAGAAGGUCGCUAUCCUCUGUAACCAUCAACGGACCGUGAGCACUACUCACGAGACCAUGAUGCAGAAACAGGAGGAAAAGAUCAAAGGACUCAGGUACCAGAAGCUUCGUCUAAAGAGGAUGAUUCUUUCUCUCGAACCAACCCGCAAGAAGAAGAAUCCCGCUUUUUUCAAACCUGAUCCUGAAAUUGAUGACGAGGAAUGGAUCAAGGAGCACCAGUUUUCCCUCGUUGAACAGGAGAAAGAGCGUAUUACCAAGAAGUUUGAAAAGGAUAAUGAGAAGCUUCAGGAGAACGGAGAAAAAGUGCUUAAAGACAAAGAGCUCAAGGAACGUUUACAGGUCAUUAAAGAUAUGGAAGCAGAGUUCAAGACAGAGAACAAAACCGGCAAAAUCGAACCUAAGCGCGGAGCGACCGUCGAGAAGCUCGAGGCCCAGAUCCAAAAAAUGGAGGAACGGAUCAAGAAGCAGGAAACCGAGGCCCAGGUUCGAGAGGACAACAAGACAGUCGCCUUGGGCACCAGUAAGAUCAACUACAUUGACCCCCGUCUCACUGUCAUGUUCUGCAAGAAAUACGGUGUCCCCAUAGAGAAAAUCUUUGCGAAGACCCUGCGGGAUAAAUUCAAGUGGGCGAUUGAGUCUGCCGAUGGGGAUUGGAAGUUUUAAGUAACCUCCAGAAUCCAUCCCCUUCACCCCUAAGGAGCAAAAUCCACCCAAAAUAAACUAUUGCAACGUUCUUGGAUACUACCAUCUGGCCUUUGCCUUGCUCUGCAUGCUGGUAUAGCGGGUAACGAGGUGGCAUCAUCAUAACAAUCACCCUGUUUCCUGUUCUAGACAAUGGAGCAGAGAGAAGCAAAAAAAAAAAAAGGAAAUAAAGAGAAUCCAACCCUUUGCUUAAGGUUUAUGUAAAUUAUUCCAGAUUCUGUUAUUACUUUCAUUCCCCUUCUCUGACCCCCUUCCUUUUCUCCUCCCCCACCGUAUUACGACUACUCACUUCUGUUGAUCACCCCCUUUCCUCGCUGAUUAGCGAUUUCCCUUUCCUUUUUUUUCUUUCUAAAAUGCCUAUCACGCUUGUACCAAAACCUCUUUUUUAUUCAUUUCGUGGACUCUGUUUUUCCUCUCCCCCCCCCCUCAUUCGCUCCGCUUUGCGCACGGAGAGGAGGGGAAAGUGUCAAAAGAAAGGCACGAACUUUCACCCCUUCGAUUCAUGUAAGUAGCUUACACGUCCCCCCUUUUUUCAGUUUUCAAUUUUCAACUUUCCUUUCUGUCAUAUCGCCGUGCUUUCCACGUCAUAGGCUUCGUAUCGUAUUUAUCUUAUCUUAUCAAUUAGAUGUGCGUUUUUUCCUUCCUGCUCCCCUCCUCUUACCUUUAUAGUGGCAGGUGAAUGAACAAAAACUCGUGGCCAUGAUAAAUUUUGGUCAUUCACUUCCCUGUAUUUUAGUUUUCUACUUUUCGUUUGUAGUGGUAUUGCGGUGGACAAACUACGGGAGGAAGGGAGUGAGGGAGGCAAGGAGUAAUGUAUGAUUUCCUCUACACGAACUGACGGACGAACGGUGGGAUUGUAAAUUAGGGCACCAGUGGAUGGAUGGAUGAAUGGACAGAGAUUGGGGUUCGUUUACAGAAAUGGAAGCGGGCAAGCUGAGGAGUAAUUAGAUCAGCACCCUGGUUUUUGUUUCUGCUUUUCCUUGUUAAUCUAUGCUACAUAGCAAUAAACUGUGGGUGUCGUGCGG